GUCGUGCCCCAUAAAUAGCGGGCGGCCGGCGUUAGUCCGCACCGCUGCCGGAACCGCCGGACCGAGCUGAUUCGAGCUAAGCUAGAUUGAGCUAAGCAGAGCCGAGCCGAGCCAUGGACCCCCAGGACUGCACGUGUGCCGCCGGUGAUUCCUGCUCCUGCGCCGGGUCCUGCAAGUGCAAGAACUGCCGCUGCCGGAGCUGCCGCAAGAGCUGCUGCUCCUGCUGCCCCGCGAGCUGCAGCAACUGCGCCAAGGGCUGCGUGUGCAAGGAGCCGACCAGCAGCAAGUGCAGCUGCUGCCACUGAGCCACUCGCCUCUGCCUGUAAAUAGCCGGCACGGUUUGGGGAUGGGGGGUGGGGGACACAAAAAAGCCUAUUUUUUUUGGUUUUUCAUGUUUUGUAUGAUCUGUACCAGUGGUGAAACUGGAUGGAAAUAAAGGAGUUUGUCUGGA